UAACGGGUACGAACUACAAUUUGCGAUUGCGGGCUAUCAGUGAUUAUCGGCACCGCCAUUUUGUGAGGAUUAAAUAUAUUGUAGUGGUUUUUGUUUGGCGUUGGUCUGGUGUUUCAAGUUAGUUUACAUACCUAUUUAAUAUUUUUUUUAUAUUAGAAUUAAUACAGUUUGAUUGUAAAGAUGUCGGACACAAUCAGAGAAAAAGAAAGAGAUCGGUCAAGGCGCGGCGAUAGGCCGUCCCGGUUUUCUGACGCCACCAGAGAUCGUUCAGGCGAUCGAAAUGAUAGAUCUGAAGGCAGAAGAUUGUUUGUUUCUAAUAUACCAUAUGAAUAUAGAUGGACGGAACUGAAAGAUCUUUUUAAAGAAAAGGUUGGGGAUGUGGCUUAUGUUGAGCUUUACAAUGAUGAAAGCGGGAAACCAAGGGGUUGUGGUGUUGUUGAAUUUCUAACUGCAGAAGCCAUGAGGAAGGCUCUCUUCGUUAUGCACAGAUAUGAAUUAAAUGGACGUAAACUUGUACUAAAAGAAGACCCAGGUAGUGAGAGAGGGAGAGGUAAUAACCCAAGACCACAUGGUGGUGGUGCUGCUGGUGGAGGUAGAAACAACACGGGGAGAGAUGAUAAAGAUGGGUGGGGUAUGAAACAAAGAGAACCAGAGAAUUUUAACACAUAUGGAUUAAGCUUGCAGUUUUUGGAAUCAAUAAAUGUGCAACCACCUUUAGUGAAAAAAGUGUUUGUUGCUAAUCUUGACUAUAAAGCAGACAAAAAGAAGGUGAAGGAAAUAUUUAAAAUGGCUGGCAAAGUUCGUAAUGUUGACUUAGCUGUGGAUAAAGAUGGCAACAGUCGUGGUUUCGCUAUCAUUGAAUAUGAACACCCUGUUGAAGCUGUUCAGGCAAUAUCAAUGUUUGACAAACAAAUGUUGUUUGAUCGUAGAAUGUCAGCCAGAAUGGAUAGAGGCACAGACAAAGCUGAGUUACGCUUGCCAGAGGGCUUGAAGGGUAUUGGUCUUGGUUUGGGUCCAAAUGGUGAGCCACUAAGGGAUGUAGCACAGAACCUACCACAACCAUCAAGUACCACUAACUUGAAUAUAGGAAAUCCAACAUCAGCACUUAGUGCAAGUGUGUUGGGGGCUGUACCAGGUACAGGUGUAGCCCUAAAUGGUUUGGGUUCUGGUCUAACUGCUAACACACUUGGCACUUCUUCAUUGGGAGGAAAUUUGGGACUUCAGGCUUUGGGUUUGACUGGUCUAGGAGCUUUACAAAAUCAACUUCUUCAACAAGGAAUUACUGCAAAUGAAUUAGUUAGCUCAGUGAUAACACAAGCUCAAGCUCAGGCUCAAGCUAAUGUGAAUAUGACCCAAAACAGUUUGUCUCUUGGCACAGCAGACCUCGGAGGUGGUGUGAUGGGAAAUACUGGAAUGUCCAAUAGCAUGCUUGGAGUGGGACCCAACUCUAGCCUUAGCAGUGGACCACUCUCAGCUAACAGACAAAUGACUAAUGUUUCAAUACCAGGACAAGGAUAUGGGCGUGAAAAUGCAGCACCUACUUCUAGGGAAAAACAAUCAGACAUGGUCAUCAUCACAAAUCUACCACAAACAGUGACAUGGCAACUGAUAAGGGAAAAAUUCAGUGAAUGUGGUGAUGUGAAAUUUGCAGAAAUGACAGCUCCCGAUACUGCUAUAGUUCGCUUCCAUAAAGAAUGGGACGCAGAGAGAGCAGUCAAAAUGUUUGACAGGACUCGCAUAGAUGGCAGGACCAUCGAUGUCCGCUACUUCUGACUCAAUGAGAUUCAUAUCGAAGUUGGUCAGUCGUACGAGAAACUACUUUCGUCUUCGUCUUUAUUACAUACAACCCCCACUUUGACUUGAAUUUGUUCAUGUGCUUCUUUGGACAGAUUCUUUAAUAUAUAGGUUUGUAAGUAAACGUCUUAGGUCACGUGUAGGUCACAAUGUGUUGUUACAUUUAAGUUUAUUGUAAGUGACGAAAAAAAAAACAUAUUGUCUUGCUUCAUUUUAUUUUAUUUGAUGGUUUAACUCUGUGAUGACUACGUGGUUUUGUAGGCUGUGGAUAAUUUCGGCAGUUUAAUGUUGUUUGUUUCUUACAUGCGCUCACUUCUCCACUACGGUAGUCAUGACAUAAAAAUAAAUUCCAUGUCAAACUAGGGUAGUCGAUAAUAUUAUGAUCAAUUAAAUAAACAUCAAGAAAAUU